AACCGCCCACGGACCAACUGGACGCUGGACCACGCAGCAUGCAGUAUUUCAAUAUCUGUGGGACAUGGAGACUGAAGACUUCAUUAGAAUUGCAUGCUCAGACUGGGCUCCACUACAGCGACAGGAAGUGCUUCAACUCUUCAUGUACCCUUGAGGAGAUCAUGUAUCAAGGCCUCAUAGCUGAGGACGAGGAGGAGGUGGAGCACUUCAUUGAUCUCUUGAAAAAGAUGUUGAAAGUCAACAAGAAUGAGAGGAUCACACCUGCUCAAGUGCUCAAGCACCCUUUCCUCGCUGUGGAGCAGCACGGUGACGGCCCACACAUGACUGUCACCAUGGAGGAGCCCUACGUACCUCAGCAGCCUGAACCACUGACCUCCGAGGAGGAGCAUCCUUCUCCUCCAAAGACGACAUCUUUGGACCUUGAGGAUGAAGAGGUCACAGCAGCACCUGUCCAGCCGACUGUACCUCAGCAGCCUGAACCACUGACCUCCGAGGAGGUGUAUCCUUCUACUCCAGGAAUCAAUGUGUCAUCUAAUCUGGAGGAUGAAGAGGAGACAACAGCUUCCGUCCAGCCUGGUUAGUCACACGUCUAAAUCCCUCACAGACUCCCGGUGUUUAUUUUUUCAGUCGAACUAAUCCAACAUUUC